CUUUCUAAAUCUUCAUUCUUCAUUGCCUCAAUAAUAAUAUGACAGCCAUGAAAAGAAGCAGAGAAGACGAUAGGCAAGUGGAAGCAGAAGCCAUGGCUAACUGCGCCUUAAUGCUAUUGUCUCGUUUAAACAACAACACUUCUUCAUCAUCAACAACAGAUCAUCAUCACAAUGAUUUUGAAUGCAAGACAUGCAAUAAACGCUUCCCUUCUUUCCAAGCCCUAGGUGGCCACCGUGCAAGUCAUUAUAAACGGCCAAGAUUACUCGGAGAUUUUGUUCUUGAAGCCCAAAAGAACAAGAUGCAUAAAUGUUCUAUUUGUGGUAUGGAGUUUUCUUUGGGCCAAGCUUUAGGUGGCCACAUGAGGCGUCACCGUGAUGAAUUUAAUAAAACGUUGACAAUGACAGCUGGAAAGACGAUGAUUCCGAUUUUGAAGAAGUCAAAUAGUAGCAAGAGAAUUUUUUGCUUGGACUUGAACUCAAUUCCCGAUGAUAAUGUUGAUUUGAAGUUAUGGCCGACUGCACCGGUUUCCUCUCCUGUUUUGCGAAUUUUUAUUUAAUUAAUUCUUUUGGGACCCUUUGCAUUCAUUUUUCUUGUAUAUAUAUAAUCCUUAAUUAGUUCGUUGGUUCUUU